AUGCGCCCCGCCAUAAAAAAUAACAUCACUGGACGCUUCCAGGCGGUGGCGGACGCAAUGCUGUGGCAAGGAGCGCGCGUAGCAUGCUCGGCAGCGCUACUGCUGAAUACCAUCAUCAGCUUAUUCGUAAUAAGUUUUUUCAGGCUGAGGAGCAACUGGUUCGGCGUUGUCAGCUGGGAUGGGACCCACACCGUAGUCAGCCACCGACGUGGUAGCCUCCUAGCGUGUCUGGCUGCACAGCAUGCCAACUCGCGCAUCGAGCUCGACGCCUAUUUCUCGUAUGCCAUACGGUGGUUCUACGGAAACCGGAAGAGCACCGCCACGAUGCGCAUGGGCGCCUGGACUGCACGUUCGGGUGACCUGCGCUUCAGACGCCUACUCACGCUUCCCCCUCUGGAAACAAACGAUCCAGCUAAGGGUGGUGAACGCCCGGACCCCUCUCGAGCGGUACGCAUCUGCAAAUGCAAGUCAGUCACCUUCAACGAACACGUCGAAGUGCACCUCAUCGCGAGCUCUCGUCUUGGCAUGUACCAGCCCGGAUAUUUCACAAACCGGUACAACUUCGUCAACAACUUUACUCUCAUACCGGCAAACACAUUUGUACAACAUGUCUGA